UGGUGGACUUUAGAAGAGGAAGAAGAAGAACUCUCUCUCUCUCUGUGUCCAGUACUAACCUGUGAAGUUGGUGCCUUGAUGCAGGUACCUCGCAGAUGGAGCUGGAGCGAUGGCGCCACAGCAUUUGACUGUUGCAGGAAGAUAUUUGUCAUGGGAACGAUGUUUGUCCUUCUCCCAGCAGCUUUUCUCCACUUUCGUGGCCUUGACUUCGAGCCAACAGUCAGUCUCAUGCAUAUCAUCUCCAGCAUUCAUUAUCAUUAUGUUCAAGACAUGGAUAACCCACGUGCAGUCACGAGGAGACAUGAGACGUUGAUGGUGCUCGACUACUUUUGGGCCCACCUCGAUGUCUGCUCCUGUUUUGUGUACCUGUCAGGUAUCCAGUCCAGAUACCUAAGGGCAAUGGCUUACAUGAGUUUUGUCUAUGGGCUCAUUGCGCUGUUGACGUCAAAGGAUCGUAAACGGCGGCAGCAGCACCUGGCCGCCCUUGUCUUAGGUGGCGGAUGCUCCUUACUCGUGGGACGCUACCUGCUGACAGGAGAGGCACCCAGGAUCAAAUGGAGUGGGCUUCCUAUCCCUUUCCUUCUGUUUGGAUAUGCUGCUUACAACUUUUUUAUACUUCAAGAGAAGCACCCCAACAUGUAUUGGCUCCACCAUGGCCUCUGGCACAUCACAGGAAACGCCACACUUCUCGCUCUCAUUCAUCUCAAGUACGUCAACGAAUGAAGCUCUGGGGAAAUGCCAAAGUGCUGUCCUAGUAUUCACAUCUUAUGCCAAAGUGCUGUCCUAGUAUUCACAUCUUACAUGUCGCGGGGUGAUGAGCAUCUGAGCGAGGACAAAGCGAUCCUCAGCGGAAAAUAGAAGGCAGGUAGAGAGAGAUAAACAACGACCAUUGGCGAUCCAAUGAAUCACCCUCAGGCAGAAGGAGAUGGGACAUGCUUGUGGGCACCUGUACGACGACAGGUGGGAUACCUCUGGGACAUGUUUGGAACACACCUGUGGGGCGCCUUGAGGACACCUUCGGAACGUACUUGGGACAAUUUUGGGACACACUUAUGGGAUGCCUUUGGGACACACUCGCGACCAAUGUGGGACACAUGUGAAAGGUCCCAGGCGGAUGAUACCUUUGGGACACACAUGUGAGACACUGGGAUUCAUGGGCGGGAACCUGUUGGACAACUGCGGGACAACUGUGGGACAACUAUGGAACAAGUGGGGGCACAACUUUGGGACACUUGUGGGGACCUGGCUUAACACUGCAAAGCGUUGUCAAGGUGACCGUGAAUAGUUCAAAGAGAAGGCAAAUGGAUUGCCGUCAUCACUAGCGGACGAUGCAACCGCUCAGAAAGAUGGGAAAGAGACUCAGCCUGAUGGAGUGAUAAUCGAAACCUGACGGGCAAGGAGCACAGAGAACCGAUUUUACCCCGCCCAGCUAGUAGCUUGUCACCGGGCAGAGCAUGAUGAAGCGGUUGUGUCUGAAGCUCAGCACAUAUGAUCUAACAGGUCAAGUGAAGAGGGCAUGUCAGAAUAGGCCGUCUGUCAAACCAGAGGAAGAGUCGCGGCUUUGCUUUGUUACGUCAGCCCUGGCGUUCUUUUGUUGGUGUACAGAAGAAAUGACCACUAAGAGGGAUCAAUGGGUGGUGCCGUGCCGUUCUUUUGGAGUUGCCGCCGUAUCAACGAUAAAAAAAGGGGGCACAUCAUUCAGCAAGGGUUGGAAUGGGGGUCCGUAAGGAAGGCCAUGGGGGGCUUACAUACAGGGACCCACAGAGAGGAGGAACACAUCCCUCCCCCCCCCUCCCCUCCCUCCCGAACCCAAUCCAAUCCAGCAGUUUAGCAUCCAUAAUCUCAAUUCUGUGGGGAAUGACUUUUCCACAGAUGAAUAAAAGGUAAAGCCCAACUUUUCACAAGAGGGACAGGCGCUUCGCUUCAACUUACACUUUUUCAGUGUUUGUACGUUCUAUGCGCUUCAGUUCUUAAAAAAAGAAAAAAGAAAAAGAGAACUCGAGUUCGAACCAUAGUUUAGUUUUGAAUGAAGUUGCCUUCUUUAGGGUUCAGACUAGGAUUCCAAACUGCUGUGCGCAUUUGACAGGGGGGGGAUCCUUUAGGUUUAAAAAAAAAUGGAGCAUCACUUGUAUUCACAGCGUCGCAUGUGUCUCUGCAACUUCGCAUGAAACUUCUUUGAAACUUCUUUGAAACUUCAUUCUUUGAAACUUCUUCUCUGCAACUUCUUUGCAAAACUUCCCCGCAGCUGCUCUGCAUCUUCGCAUGCAAAAGGACACAUACCCCAGAGUUCAAAGAAAGAGGGGCAACUCCAGACCAUUCUUCUAUACCGUUUAAUUUAACUUAAUUAAUAAUAACUUAAUAAAUUAGUAUCCAUCAG